CAAUACCUGGAAAAGAAGAAGAAUGACUGUUUUGAUGUCCUCCACUUCCGUUUGAGAUAGCAAGCUUUGUUUGUCAUUAUGGUGUCCCACUGCUUGUCCAUACGUGUUUUCGGUUAAAAGUCUCAGGCAUUGGGGGUUUUAAUGUUCCGUGCAGCUAAUAUCAAGACCAUCGGUAAAGCGGGAACCGGCUGGCAUUUUCGUCGGACCAUGGACGAGCUGGUCCACGAUCUGGUGUCUGCGCUGGAAGAGAGCUCGGAGCAGGCAGCGCGCGGGGGCUUUGGGGAUGGUGGGGACCACGCCCUGGCUGUUGGCUGCCUGCUAAAGAGGCAGGCCAGGAAGCGGCGUGGCAGGAAGAGGCGUUCAGACAACCCCCACCCGCCCUGGGAGACGGGGCACCUGAGUGAGGGGUCCGAGUCCAGCCUGGAUGAACAUAAGGACUACCGUGCUACCACGGGUGGUGUGGCUGCCAGUAACAGUCAUGGGCGAGAUAACAGUGACUCCGAUGAACAGCUGGGGCCCAAACGGCGCACUCCUCUCAACCCAGACACGGGGCGGGGCAAGCGGCCACUCUGGCCGGACGACCCGGUGGCCGGCGAGGGGACCCGCAGCCUGAGACGGCGACGCAAGGUCAAACGCAUGGCCGUGGACCCCCCUCUGGAGGCACUGACCCCUCCCACCACCACCAUCCUCGGGCCCCCACCUGUCCCCAAGCCCCUUGCAGGGGGCAGACCCCCUGGGCUAGGCUCAGCUGAGUGCAGAGGGGACAUGGAGCUGGGCGGAGGUGGUGGAGAAGGCAGAGGGGGGAAGUGCGGGGUGAAAAAAAGGAAGAUGGCUGCGCACAGACUGGGGCUUGAGGCGGCUGAUGAAGGGGUCGUGGUGGAGAGUGAGGAUGCCAUUUUGACUCAGACUGGGCCCAAGGACAAAAUGGAGUUUGAGGAACAGAAGGGUUCGGACGAGGACAUGAGUGACAGGUGUGAGACCAGUAGUGUGAGCAACAGCAGUGAUGGGGGACUGUACACCAAUGAUGAGGGGAGACAAGGCGAUGACGAGCAGAGCGACUGGUUCUACGAGGGCGAGCCAGGGUCGGGCGGGGCGUGCGGCGUGGCGGGGGUGGUCCCGUGGUGGGAGAGGGAGUCGGGGGAGGAGCUGGACCUGGUGGACCCGGUGUUCAACAGCAUCCUGACGGGCUCCUUCCCCAUCAUGAGCCCCUCCGCACAGAGAGGUUUCCAGGCCAGACUGAGUCGCCUCCACGGGGGCCCUCAGACCUCUCAGGGGGGGGCUCAUGACAGACUGACACGACACUCCCAAGACCCCCACUCCCACGACCCUUGGUUCAGUCCAGGGUCGAGGAGAGACCACGGACAGUUGCACUGGGAUUCUCGGACAGACAGAGGGCACAGGAGGAGCUGCUCUAUGAAGACAGCCAGCAGACAGACGAGUGGUCACCUGGGCUCCCUGUGUACAGGUGACGUCAAGCGGAGACGCAAGGCAGCCCCCCUGGGAGCACCUGCCCCCACAGGAGUGGUGGGUGAGAAUGUGGGGCCCCUCCCAGAAUCGAACACUGGGAAUCGUAUGUUGCAGAGUAUGGGUUGGAGCCCUGGCAUGGGUCUUGGGCCUGAGGGCCGGGGCAUCACCGAGCCCAUCCGGGCCACACAGAGACCCAAGGGAGCUGGCCUGGGCUUCAUUUGACCCCUGGGCUUGUGGGCUCCAAACCCAGCAGGACAGGCUAGUAGGCCCCUGAAAGCUGCAUGGAGAGGAACAAGGUGGACACUGCACAGGCUAGGAAGGAUAAAGAGACUGCAGUUACAAAUGAAGGAACGGAUGCAACCCACAGAAAAGAGAGAGAGAGAUUCCUCCUUGUCUGGCAACAGAGCGAUACUGGUGUAUCUGCACACCUGAAACAGGCUGGGUUGCAGAGGGAGGAUGCAGAAUGAUGUCAUGGGACACAAAGGCACCGUGGAACCAACUGUCUUGCUCAAAUCAUCACCCGGUUCUAGUUAGGUGUGUUUGGGGAUUGUGUCACACAAAGCUGCUAUGUCAGAUGGCUUGUAUUUGAUUUGUCACUGUUAUUAGCCUUGCAACAUGUUCUGAACUAUUCCACUUAUUGUCUAUUUCCCUCAAAUAGGAUUUUGUAUUUGUACAAUGUAAUAGUUAAAAAGUAUCCUCUUGAUUAUUGUUAAAUGGCUUAAGAUGUAGCCUAUAGCUCCUGGGUCAAAUUCCCUCAGGCUUGAAUGUGUUCUGGUCAGGGAAAUGAAAUAAUAUGAAAUUGUUGAGAAAGUGUAUGUUUUAGAGAGUAUGUUUUGGCUUGGCUUAUCAAUGUCAACAGUUAACUGGAAUCAUUGCAUACACCAUUGAGGCUCAAACAGGGAACAGAGGCUCAGAUGAGAACAUCAAGGCUAACUUGGCCUGGCCAAAACAGGUUUCUGUAAGUAGCAGGUAAAAAGCUCCAGUUAAAUAUUAAGUCCUGUGUAAACAUUAACGUGACAAGGUAAAAAUGGACCCGAUUGACAAAACUGCAUAAUUACUGCACACGUUUUAUUUUUAUUUUUACUAUACACAAUCUCCGUUUUUAUCAUCGUGUUAUGUGUGUAUUAUUAUUCCCUGCUUUUAUCAUACUUGUUUUGUUGUUUUAUUCACUUGGAUAAGGCUACUGAAUGGGGCUCAACAGGCAUGUUGGAAUGUGUGAAUAGCUGGAAAGAAAAAGAAGAAAUCGAGAGGAUGUCCCCUAACACGCCCUGGUUCUUACGUGUUUAUUGUUUAUAACUGAGAAACAGAACUCCUAGCAAUGUUUUCCCCAAGACAGCGAACCAUGGAAGGGCCUACACAGACACCCGCUGGAGGCACUGAAAUGUUUCAAUAUGGAAAUGUAUUUACCUAAGGUUCUCCAUCCUCUAUUCACCUGGAACUUACGAGGGAAGAGUUAAAGAUUAACAGACUUUUCGCUGAAAUCAUUCAUUGUAAUUGAGAGACCUGGGAAACUGCUUUGCUAAUUAGAUUAUUUAGCUAGAUUAUUUGACAAAAAAACUGACAGGUUGUUCUGAGAAGAGAUUUUUCGAAUGUUUUGAAUUUUCCGAUGUUAUCUGUCUUCUAUUAACCUAAGUUCCUUGGUUGCAGAUUCAGAAUCAGUGCAGCUAAUUCACCCCUGACCCGAGUUGUGUUUUU